AUGUUCGGACUACCACAACAGCCACCUUCAGAGGAAGAGAAAAAAGCUCACGAACAACAGUCGAACCAGACUCUUAUCACCGCAGCGUACGCAGCUGCCCUUCUGUGGGUUUCACCAAUGGUGUGGCACUUCAUCAGAAGACAAUGGAAAUGA